GGAGAGAGGAGCUUAGGGGAAACAGCGCGAGGGCGAAGCACUAAUGAGCUAAUAAAAGGAAAAAGACGAUGGUUGCGCCAAGUGAGCUCGGCCGCCAUCAUGCUCUAGUUUCCCCUUCGCCUCUCCGAGUCCGCGACCGAGGAAAAGGUCUCUGGGAUGCUGAGGGGGUGUGUCCCCGAAUGAUUGGCGCAGACAGCUCAGCCAAUCGUAGCUCGUCAAACGGAACGCAUUUGACCAAUGAGGGGCGACGGCAGCUGGGAGAAAUUGGAGGGGCGGAACGGCAGCUUGACGGGCACAAAAGCCAGCCAGUGAGGGCCGGCAGCAUCCUCCCUGCGGCCAAUGGAGUGGGGCUCUGGGCGGGCCCCCGAGUGUUUGUGUUGUGGUUUUGGGGGAGGGAGGCGGAGGGGAAAGUUUGUUUAUUUUGUUUUUAGUUUCUGGGGUCCCCGUGUUUCUCGGAGGUGAAGCGGGAGGGAGUGACCCCCCCCGAGCCCCUCAGUCCCUCUACUACGUCGCCUCCAUAGCCUGCAGAGAAGCGGGGACCGCGCGCAUCGCGGCGCAUCGCCUCACAGCGGAACGCCGCGCACUUGGAGCCGGCACGGCUCAGUGGGAAUAACAACAAGAUUUAUUCAGCUUUUGGUUUGGGGCAAGCAUAUUCAUCAUUAUUUCAAUUUUCAAAUGAAGAAACUAUGACAUAGAGAGGGGUUUUGGUUUUUGCACUGAAUGUAGUCUAGACUCAUCUUCACGGGCUUGUGUUGCCCCAGGAUACUGUCAAAGGCAGUAUUUGUGUGUUUCUGCAGAGUUUUGCACAGAGUCUGUUCCCAUGCAGACCAAUGAGGGAGAAGUAUCAGAAGAAAGCAGUUCCAAGGUGGAACAGGAGGAUUUUGUAAUGGAAGGGCAUGGCAAGACUCCACCUCCUGGUGAAGAAAGCAAACAAGAGAAGGAGCAAGAAAGGGAAGAACAGUUAAUGGAAGACAAGAAAAGGAAGAAAGAGGAUAAAAAGAAAAAAGAAGCCACUCAGAAGGUCACGGAACAAAAAACCAAAGUGCCCGAAGUGACGAAACCAAGUUUAAGCCAACCAACGGCCGCCAGCCCAAUUGGCAGCUCUCCAUCGCCACCAGUCAAUGGUGGCAACAAUGCCAAAAGGGUGGCAGUGCCGAACGGACAACCGCCAAGCGCCGCCCGCUACAUGCCUCGGGAGGUGCCGCCGCGAUUCCGUUGCCAGCAGGACCACAAAGUGUUACUAAAACGUGGGCAGCCUCCUCCACCGUCCUGCAUGCUCCUCGGGGGCGGGGCGGGGCCUCCUCCCUCCACAGCGCCAGGAGCAAACCCCAACGCACAAGUGACAGGAGCGCUGCUGCAGAGCGAGGGUGGGACCGCACCAGAGUCAGCCCUUGGAGGUGCUGCUGCUUCACAUUAUGCAAAUCCCACUUGGGGCCCGGGAGCCUCCUCCAACAACGGCGCCUCCCCCAACCCUAUUCACAUCUGGGACAAGGUGAUUGUAGACGGGUCUGACAUGGAAGAGUGGCCUUGCAUUGCCAGCAAAGACACUGAGUCUUCUUCCGAAAACACCACCGAUAACAACAGUGCCUCGAACCCUGGCUCUGAGAAGAGCACUCUGCCAGGAAGCACCACUAGUAACAAAGGAAAAGGGAGCCAGUGCCAGUCUGCAAGUUCUGGGAACGAAUGUAAUCUUGGGGUCUGGAAAUCUGACCCUAAGGCUAAAUCUGUUCAAUCUUCCAACUCGACUACAGAAAGCAACAAUGGACUAGGGAAUUGGAGGAGUGUGAGCGGUCAGGAUAGAAUUGGACCUGGCUCUGGCUUCAGCAACUUUAACCCAAAUAGCAACCCAUCUGCCUGGCCAGCGCUGGUCCAAGAAGGAAAUUCUAGGAAAGGGGCAUUGGAAACGGAUACUAGUAAUUCCAGUGCACAGGUUAGCACAGUAGGUCAGGCAUCCAGGGAACAGCAGUCAAAGAUGGAAAAUGCGGGUGUUAAUUUUGUUGUCUCUGGCAGAGAACAGGCUCAAAUUCAUAACACUGAUGGACCAAAAAAUGGAAACACUAACUCCUUGAACUUAAGUUCACCAAACCCCAUGGAGAAUAAGGGAAUGCCCUUCGGAAUGGGCUUGGGGAACGCCUCCAGGAGCACUGAUGCCCCUUCACAAAGCACUGGAGAUCGAAAGACUGGGAGUGUUGGAUCUUGGAGUGCAGCUAGGGGGCCUUCUGGAACUGACACAGCCUCUGGACAGAGCAAUUCUGGAAACAAUGGGAACAAUGGAAAGGAUAGAGAGGACUCCUGGAAAGGAGCUCCUGUUCAGAAAUCAACCGGGUCAAAAAAUGACUCUUGGGACAACAAUAACAGGUCUACGGGUGGGUCCUGGAACUUUGGCCCUCAGGACUCUAAUGACAACAAAUGGGGUGAAGGGAACAAAAUGACAUCUGGGGUCUCUCAGGGAGAAUGGAAACAGCCGACUGGGUCUGAUGAGUUGAAAAUUGGAGAAUGGAGUGGUCCAAACCAACCAAAUUCUAGCACUGGAGCAUGGGACAAUCAAAAGGGCCACCCCCUCCCUGAAAACCAAGGCAAUGCCCAGGCUCCCUGUUGGGGAAGAUCUUCCAGCUCCACGGGAAGUGAAGUUGGAGGUCAAAGCACUGGAAGCAACCACAAAGCAGGAAGUAGUGACAGUCAUAAUUCUGGCCGUCGGUCGUACAGGCCCACACAUCCUGAUUGUCAGGCUGUCUUGCAGACUCUUUUGAGCCGAACUGAUUUGGACCCCAGGGUGCUCUCAAACACUGGCUGGGGCCAAACUCAAAUUAAGCAGGACACAGUGUGGGAUAUUGAAGAGGUGCCAAGGCCCGAGGGGAAAUCUGACAAAGGAACUGAGGGGUGGGAGAGCGCUGCCACACAGACCAAGAACUCAGGGGGCUGGGGAGAUGCACCCAGCCAAAGCAAUCAAAUGAAGUCUGGAUGGGGGGAGCUCUCAGCCUCUACAGAAUGGAAAGACCCCAAGAACACAGGAGGCUGGAAUGACUAUAAGAACAACAACUCUUCCAGUUGGGGAGGAGGACGACCAGAUGAAAAGACAUCUUCCUCUUGGAAUGAGAAUUCCAACAAGGAGCAGGGGUGGGGAGGUGGACGCCAGCCCAAUCAAGGAUGGACUUCUGGAAAGAAUGGUUGGGGAGAGGAGGUCGAUCAGGCGAAAACUAGCAAUUGGGAAAGUUCUGCCAGUAAACCUGUGUCUGGGUGGGGUGAAGGAGGGCAGAAUGAAAUCGGAACUUGGGGGAACGGUGGGAAUGCAAGCCUAGCUUCAAAAGGCGGGUGGGAAGAUUGCAAAAGAUCUACAGCCUGGACAGAGACAGGCAGACAACCCAGUUCCUGGAACAAACAGCACCAACAGCAGCAGCAGGCACAGCAGCCACCGCCACCACAACCAGAGACUUCUGGUUCAUGGGGAGGCCCAGCCCCACCACCUCCAGGCAAUGGACGACCUUCCAGUUCCAACUGGAGCAGCGGGCCGCAGCCAGUGAACCCGAAGGAUGAGGAACCCAGUGGUUGGGAAGAGCCGUCCCCACAGUCGAUUAGUCGGAAGAUGGACAUUGAUGAUGGCACUUCGGCGUGGGGAGACCCUAACAGUUACAACUACAAGAAUGUGAAUCUGUGGGAUAAGAAUUCCCAAGGGGGCCCAGCACCUCGAGAACCAAACCUGCCUACCCCGAUGACUGCUAAAUCAGCAUCAGUCUGGAGCAAAAGCACACCACCUGCUCCAGAUAAUGGUACUUCAGCUUGGGGUGAGCCAAAUGAAAGCAGUCCUGGGUGGGGUGAAAUGGAUGACACAGGAGCAUCGACCACAGGCUGGGGGACCACACCCUCCAGUGCUCCAAAUGCCAUGAAACCUAAUUCCAAAUCUAUGCAAGACGGCUGGGGGGAGAGUGACGGGCCCGUGACAGGAACCCGCCAUCCCAGCUGGGAAGAGGAGGAGGAUGGAGGAGUCUGGAACACCGCCGGCUCUCAGGGAAGUGCUUCCUCCCACAGUUCGGCAAGCUGGGGCCAAGGAGGAAAGAAACAGAUGAAGUGCUCACUAAAAGGAGGAAACAAUGAUUCAUGGAUGAAUCCCCUUGCCAAACAGUUUUCAAAUAUGGGAUUGCUGAGUCAAACUGAAGAUAAUCCAAGUAGCAAAAUGGAUUUGUCUGUAGGGAGCCUUCCGGAUAAAAAAUUUGAUGUGGACAAGCGAGCAAUGAAUCUCGGGGAUUUUAAUGAUAUCAUGAGGAAGGAUCGAUCUGGGUUCCGUCCACCUAAUUCCAAAGACAUGGGAACCACAGAUAGUGGGCCUUAUUUUGAGAAGCUGACUUUGCCUUUCUCCAAUCAAGAUGGGUGCCUUGGGGAUGAGGCUCCCUGCUCUCCCUUCUCCCCUUCUCCCAGCUACAAGCUGUCUCCCUCUGGUUCCACACUACCCAACGUCAGCCUUGGAGCAAUCGGCACAGGGCUCAACCCCCAAAACUUCGCUGCUAGACAAGGUGGCAAUCAUGGUUUGUUUGGAAAUAGCACAGCACAAUCGAGAGGCGUGCACACCCCCGUGCAGCCGCUGAAUUCUUCUCCUAAUCUCCGGGCGCAAGUGCCUCCCCAGUUCAUUUCCCCCCAGGUUUCUGCCUCAAUGCUCAAGCAGUUUCCCAACAGUGGCCUGAAUCCAGGUCUUUUCAAUGUGGGGCCCCAGUUAUCUCCUCAACAAAUUGCCAUGCUGAGCCAGCUUCCACAGAUUCCCCAGUUUCAGUUGGCGUGUCAGCUGCUCCUGCAGCAGCAGCAACAGCAGCAGUUGUUACAGAACCAGAGGAAGCUUUCUCAAGCCGUGCGCCAGCAGCAGGAGCAGCAGCUGGCUCGAAUGGUGAGCGCCCUGCAGCAGCAGCAGCAGCAGCAGAGGCAGCCCAGCAUGAAACAUUCGCCGUCUCAUCCCGUUGGGCCCAAGCCGCAUCUGGACAACAUGGUCCCCAACGCUCUAAAUGUGGGGCUCCCAGACCUUCAAACCAAAGGGCCAAUACCUGGAUAUGGUUCUGGCUUCAGCUCUGGCGGCAUGGACUACGGCAUGGUUGGUGGGAAGGAGGCUGGAACAGAGUCUCGCUUUAAACAGUGGACCUCCAUGAUGGAGGGACUGCCCUCUGUAGCCACACAGGAAGCCAAUAUGCACAAAAAUGGCGCUAUAGUGGCCCCUGGUAAGACCCGAGGAGGGUCACCAUACAACCAGUUUGAUAUCAUCCCGGGUGACACACUGGGUGGCCAUACGGGUCCUGCUGGUGAUAGCUGGUUACCUGCCAAAUCUCCACCAACAAAUAAAAUCGGAAGUAAAUCCAGCAAUGCCAGCUGGCCUCCAGAAUUCCAACCAGGAGUGCCAUGGAAAGGUAUCCAAAACAUUGACCCUGAAUCUGACCCCUAUGUCACCCCAGGAAGUGUGCUGGGGGGUACAGCCACAUCUCCCAUUGUAGAUACUGACCACCAACUUCUGCGGGAUAACACCACAGGGUCUAAUUCUUCCCUCAACACCUCGCUGCCUUCACCUGGUGCCUGGCCCUACAGUGCCUCUGACAACUCCUUCAGCAACGUUCAUAGCACUUCAGCAAAGUUCCCUGAUUACAAAUCGACAUGGUCCCCAGAUCCCAUAGGACACAACCCCACUCAUCUCUCCAACAAGAUGUGGAAAAACCAUAUUUCCUCAAGGAACACUACACCGCUGCCCCGCCCGCCUCCCGGUCUGACCAACCCCAAACCGUCAUCUCCCUGGAGCAGCACAGCACCCCGCUCAGUCAGGGGGUGGGGGACACAGGACUCACGGCUUGCCUCUGCCUCCACCUGGAGUGAUGGUGGUUCAGUUCGUCCUAGUUACUGGCUGGUUCUUCACAAUCUCACUCCACAGAUUGAUGGGUCAACCUUGAGAACCAUCUGCAUGCAGCAUGGCCCACUGCUGACAUUCCAUCUGAACCUAACCCAGGGCACCGCCCUGAUCCGAUACAGCACCAAACAGGAGGCGGCCAAGGCCCAAACUGCACUGCACAUGUGUGUGUUGGGAAACACUACCAUCCUGGCUGAGUUUGCCACUGAUGAUGAAGUUAGCCGCUUUCUGGCACAAGCUCAGCCCCCUACCCCUGCGGCAACCCCGAGUGCACCCGCAGCGGGUUGGCAGUCCCUGGAGACCGGCCAGACCCAGUCAGAUCCCGUCGGACCUGCUCUGAAUCUUUUCGGUGGGUCCACAGGGCUCGGGCAAUGGAGCAGCAGUGCUGGUGGCAGCAGCGGGGCCGAUCUUGCUGGCGCUUCAUUGUGGGGACCCCCAAACUAUUCUUCUAGCUUGUGGGGAGUCCCGACCGUGGAAGACCCCCAUAGGAUGGGCAGCCCUGCUCCUUUACUACCUGGUGACCUUCUGGGAGGAGGGUCGGAUUCAAUCUGAACUUAGAACUUUCAACUCUGACCUCGUGACCUUUUUUGGAACAGCAGCAGCACUAACUUGACCUUUUCGUUUUUUUUUUCAACUUGCAAUAAAUACAUUUUUAAAAGGAAAAAAGAAAACGGAGAGAGAAAAAAAGGUGGGUCAUUGACAGACUGUCUGAGCACAUAGUUGCCUCCCUUAUAACUUCAGUUUUUUCGUUUGGAAUAUGAAUCCAAAAAGAGAACAUAUCACUCUUGAAAUACUUGAAUCAUGAACGCCAACCUAGAAAGACAAUGUGAAGCAAGUACACAUACCAUUUAAAUUUAAACACAAAAAAAUUAAAAAAAUUAGUUUCUAGUUUUUCACUUUUUUCAUGUUAUAUGGAAGUUGUUGCUAAGAAACAUAUAUACUGAAAAAAAAAUAGCUUUUUAACUUUGUUUGCACUGGGUGUGUUUCCGUCCUUAGGUCUACCAUGUUUGGGAG